AUGUGCGCACUCGAACGAAGUUUUGCGUCACCAGAAAUGAUUGUCUUCAGUGAGGUACAAUUAUUGAAGUCGCUACCUCGAUUAGGUAACGAUCUUAAAGAGUUAAGUACUAUUGCUAAUAAGGUACGGAAUAGUCUUUCUACUAUAAAACUACUCAAUCAUAGUGAAUAUUUACAUUCACCAGAAUUAUUUCAUGUCAUUUUAGGAAAAUUGAACCCUAACACUAAAAUGAGAUGGAGUGAUUAUGCAUCAGAAUUUAGUAGGUCGAACCCACACCUUUCUAAGCUAGAAGUUUUGUCACAAUUUUUGACGCGUGAACACGAGCGUCAUACUAACUUCGCUUUAUCUCCUGAAUUGGCUCUCUCUUUAGCAACACAACAAUUGCACGUAGGUCAAGUUGCUAAUAAACAAUUCAGACGUGAAAUUAUUCAUUCUACUUCUCAAUCUAAAAUUAAAACAAAUUCUAAGAUAGGAUGUGUUUAUUGUAAAAAGAAUCACAACAUUACAUCUUGUGAGGAAUUCAAAAUCUUGUCAGUCGAUGAACGAUGGAGUUGGUUGCGAGAGUUCAAGGUUUGCUACAGAUGUCUACGUCGCUCUUCACAUCUAUGGAAGACGUGUAAGGUAAAUCCUUGUGGUAUUAAUGGCUGCUCCUUUCGGCAUCAUCCUCUACUUCAUGGUAGACAGGAUACGUCAAUAUCACCACCUGCACCUGAUACACUGCACAUAAAUGACACAGUGUGUGCCACUGCGACUCAAGAUGUAUCCUCACCUUCUACCACUGCACCUUUGGAGGAUAAGGUUAUUAUUAGUAAUACCGGCGUAUGGCAAACUGAACAUUCUCCUUCAACUUCUAAUGUUUUAUUAAAAGUAUUACCUAUUACUAUUUUCGGUCCAACUGGUAGCUUAGACACAUACGCUUUGCUAGACGAUGGUAGCACGGCUACAUUGAUUGAUGCUAGCGUUGCCACUCAAAUUGGAUUAUCGGGUCCUCAGGAACCUAUUACUGUUAAUGGCAUAGGUGGUCUACAUAAGAACACUACUAUAAAUUACGUAGAUUUCCAUAUAAAAGGCAAGUUUAUGUCUGACAUUUAUUUAGUAAAACGAGCCAGAGCUAUGAUGUCAAUUAGUUUACAUGCGCAAUCCUUGUCAAAAGAGACUUUGACAUCUUAUAGUCAUUUAUGUGAUUUAGCUGAUUUCUUGACAUAUAAUAAUGCUACACCGACCGUACUUAUCGGUGCCGAAGAUUGGCAUUUGUCAAUAACUCGUGAAGUUCGUAUAGGAAAACGCAAUGAACCUGUGGCUUGUCGUACUUUGUUAGGUUGGACAUUAUAUGGAAUAAGUUGUAGUAAAACUAAACCUAUUGAAUUUAUUAAUCAUUGUCAAUUUUUAGAUAAAACAGAUAUUUCUGACGAUGAACGAUUAGAGCUCCUUGUUAAAGAGCAAUAUAAAAUAGACUCAUUAGGUAUUUCUAAACGUGAAACAUUACAUAGCAAACAGGAUUUACGCGCCUUAGAGAUUUUAGAAUUUACUGCCAAACGAUUACCGACUGGCAGAUUUGAGGUAGGUCUUCCUUGGCGUGACAAUAUUAAACAAAUUCUAGAUAGCUAUUCACAAGCUAUGUCACGUUUCUUAACUUUGGAAAGACGAAUGAAUCGUGAGCGUGAUUUUGCUGAAGCAUAUAGAAAAUUCAUAGAUAAUAUGAUAGUUAAAGAGUAUGCAGAGGAAUGUAAGCCUAUUACUUACUAUAACUGUAAUCGUAUUAGUACCUCUGAUUCCUUACAUUAUAAGAAUAGUUCUGCGCAAAAUUAUAGACUGUACUUACCACAUUUUGGGGUUUACCACCCACAAAAGCGUAAGCUUAGAGUCGUGCAUGAUGCAGCGGCUACAAAUCAAGGCGUCUCAUUGAAUUCUCUUCUUCUUCAGGGACCUGAUCUUUUAGAAAAUUUAGUUGGUAUCCUUUUUAGAUUUAGAGAAGGUCGCAUUGCUUUGACGGCAGAUAUCAAAGAAAUGUUCCCUCAAAUACGCAUUAGAGAGCAGGAUAGAGAUGCUUUACGCUUCUUGUGGCGUUACAAUUCAAUUAAAGAUGCACCUUUAAAAGAAUAUAGAAUGUGUGCGGUUAUUUUUGGAGCUACUUCUAGUCCAUUUAUCGCUCUAUAUAUCAAAAAUAAAAACGCAAUUUUUUAUCAAGAUCGGUAUCCAGAAGCGGUUGAUGCAAUUAUACAUGACCAUUAUACGAGACCUCGUAUGGACGACUAUCUUGGUAGUUUGGAUAAUGAGGAUCAGGCCGCACAGCUUGCUUUUGAUAUAGUUACUGUCCAUAGUAAAGCUUGCUUCGAAAUGCGUGGUUGGCUGUCUAAUAAUAAAGAAGCGUUGAGACUAAUUCCCGAGGAACUUCGCGCCGCGCACGCUGAGGAGGUUCCACUCGGUAAUACUUCAUCUAGUAUUAAAGUAUUAGGCGUUUCUUGGGAUCCCUCAACAGACCUUAUAGGUUUUAGGACCGGUUUGGAAAAUUUUACUUUGGGAACCAAUCUUAAUAAACGUAAGGUAUUAUCACACCUUAUGAAAGUCUAUGACCCGCUAGGUUUGCUGGGUCCAAUUGUAGGAAAAGGUCGCAUAUUACUCCAAGACGUGUGGAGAUCAAAUAUUGAUUGGGAUACGCCCUUUUCUCCUUCAGAAGUAUCAAAGUGGACCGAAUGGUUUAAAGAACUUUUUGAUGUAUCAACCAUCAAAAUUCCACGUUGGUAUGCUAAACAAAAUGGUGAACCUCUGCAUAGGGAGUUACAUGUAUUUGCAGAUGCAAGCGAGCUUGCUUAUGCGUGUGUGGCUUAUUGGAGAUUUUUGUAUCCAGAUGGUUGUGUCAAGCUCGCUCUCAUCGCUAGUAAAACAAGAGUUUCACCUUUAAAACCAACUUCAAUUCCGCGUUGGCUUAGAAGCGACGCGCGUUCAUUCAAGCCAUUUGUAGCCCAUCGAAUCGGUGAAAUUUCUGAGAAUUCUCGUAUACAGGAUUGGAGAUGGGUUCCAACUAGCUUGAACGUUGCUGAUGAUGCCACACGCACGAAACCCCUUAAUUUGAAUUCAAACCACCGUUGGUUUACGGGACCCCCAUUUCUUCUUGGUUCCCCGAAAGAUUGGCCUGUUGAACCAGCUGGUCAGCCCAUGGUUCAAGAGGAACGCAGACAGCAGUUGGAUCCAUUAGCUGUUCAUGUGUUAAUUAUUGCUGACUUUACUCGAUUCAGUGACUGGCUCCGAUUACUUCGCGUCACUGCUCGCGUUUUACAGGUUGUUUCAAAAUUUCGUUCACUUUUGGAUCGAUCUAUUUCUGGCACUAAAAACUUUAUCUACACUCGUUAUCGUAAUUCUUCUGCGUCCACCACUUUAAUAUCUUUGACAGCAGAACUAAUGAAAGCCGCAGAACGACAUGUCUUGCAACGUGUUCAACAAGACAGUUUUAGAGAAGAGAUCCAGUGCAUUACGAGAUCACAACCAAUCGCAAAAUCGAGUCGCCUCAGCAAAUUGUCGCCAAUGAUGGGAGAAGAUAAUCUUUUACGACUGUAUGGUAGGAUUAAGGCCGUACAAAAUGUUGACACUGAUGUAAGAUUUCCCAUACUCUUAGAUGGUCACCAUCCCGUUGUUCGCUUACUCGUUCAAUAUUUCCACAGAAAGGCAGGUCAUGCUAAUAACGAAACGGUUAUAAAUGAGAUCAGACAACAAUAUUGGUUACUUCACUUGCGCAACACCGUACGAAGCGUGGCUUAUCAAUGUUGCUUCUGUCGCAUUAGAAAAACUAAACCACUGAAUCCAGUGACCGGAAAUCUUCCUCCACACCGGCUUGCUCACCAUCGUCGUCCAUUUACUUUCACGGGAUUGGAUUACUUCGGACCAAUUAACGUCACUAUUGGUCGAAGACAUGACAAGCGCUAUGUUGCGCUAUUUACUUGCCUGACGUCUAGAGCUGUCCAUUUAGAGUCCAUUUGUCCACAACCUCUCUGCUGA